CCGCUAGCCCGACGCGGGAGGGCGGAACCCGAGAGUCCCCAGGGGGUUCCUUGCGGUGCAAUGGGCGGCGCCCGCGGGCCAGUUUAGAGUCUGCGGCGAGCUGUGGGGCCGCUCGGGCCGGGUCGGCUCGUGUAUUUCGGAAGCUGGUUCUGAGCGCGCCCGCCGGCAGACACGGGCGAGCGGCGGCUGCGGGGCCCUCGGCGGGCGCGCCCGGCCCUGCGACCCGGAAGGCCCCGCGUCCCGCCGGCCGCCCGCGGGGAGAGCGCCCGGGCACCCGCAGCCUCGCCCGCGCGCUCGAGGCGUGGCUAGUUCGUCCCUGCGUGCGGGGAGGCGGGGAGAUACUUGACUUCAGACAACAUGGUGAAAUUAAUUCAUACAAUAGCCGAUCACCGUGACGAUGUCAACUGCUGUGCGUUCUCUUUUUCCCUCUUGGCAACUUGCUCCUUGGACAAAACAGUUCGCCUGUACACACUAAGUGACUUCACUGAACUGUCAUAUUCUCCGUUGAUGUUCCACACCUAUACUGUCCACUGCUGCUGUUUCUCCCCUUCAGGACAUGUUUUGGCUUCAUGCUCCACAGAUGGUACAACUGUCCUGUGGAAUACUCAGAGCGGACAGAUAUUGACAGUGAUGGAACAGCCCAGUGGGAGCCCUGUGAGAGUUUGCCGCUUCUCCCCAGACUCCACUUGUUUGGUAUCAGGCGCAGCGGAUGGAACCGUUGUUAUGUGGAAUGCACAGACAUAUAAGUUACAUAGAUAUGGUAGUGUUAAGGAUGGCUCCUUAGUGGCCUGCACAUUUUCUCCUAACGGAAACUUCUUUGUCACUGGCUCCUCAUGUGGAGAUUUAACAGUGUGGGAUGAUAAAAUGAGGUGUCUGCAUAGUGAAAAAGCCCAUGAUCUUGGAAUUACCUGCUGCGAUUUUUCCUCACAGCCUGUUUCCGAUGGAGAACAAGGUCUUCAGGUUUUUCAUUUGGCAACAUGUGGUCAAGAUUGCCAGAUCAAAAUUUGGGUUGUUUCUUUUAUCCAUACUUCAGGUUUUGAAUUGAAAUAUAAAAGUACACUGAGUGGGCACUGUGCUCCUGUUCUGGCCUGUGCUUUUUCUCAUAAUGGACAGAUGCUAGUCUCGGGGUCAGUUGAUAAGUCUGUGAUCGUGUAUGAUAUUAAUACUGAGAAUACACUUCACUUGUUGACUCAGCACACCAGGUAUGUCACAACUUGUGCAUUUGCACCAAAUAGCCUCUUACUUGCUACUGGUUCAAUGGACAAAACAGUGAACAUCUGGCAGUUUGACCCAGGAACAGUUGCCCAAGCAAGGAGCUCAGAAGAACAACCUAAGCUGUUUACUGAAAAUUGGUCAGAAGAUGAUGUCUCAACGUGGCUUUCUGCUCAAGGUUUAAAAGAACUCGUAGAUAUUUUCAAAAUAAAUAAUAUUGAUGGAAAAGAACUGUUGACUCUUACAAAAGAAAGCCUAGCUGAUGAAUUGAAAAUUGAAUCACUAGGGCUGCGUAGUAAACUUAUGAGGAAAAUUGAAGAACUCAAGUCAAAGAUGAAAUCCCUUUCUUCUGAAAUUCCUGAUGAAUUUAUAUGUCCAAUAACUAGGGAGCUUAUGAAAGAUCCUGUCAUUGCCGCAGAUGGAUAUUCAUACGAAAAGGAAGCAAUGGAAAAUUGGAUCAGCAAGAAGAAACGCACAAGUCCCAUGACAAAUCUUGUUCUUCCUUCAUUAGUACUCACACCAAACAGGACUCUGAAAAUGGCCAUCAAUCGAUGGCUUGAGACACAUCAGAAAUAAAAUGGUCUAUAUUACAUCAUAUUAUUUAUAUUUUCCAGUGAUCUCAUUUUUCUUAAACGGGAAAACAAGAGAAAGGUAAAUAUCUAAACUUAGUUACCUAUAAAAUUAUUUGUUUUCCUUCUCUAACACAAAACGGCUAAAUUUACACAUCUACUUAGAAUAUUUAAAAGCUUUUUGUACUAGUGAAAAAAAACUUAAUAUGUAAAGAAAUAAAGUUUUACUUUAAUUGCAAUACCCACUGCCCAGAGAUUGGAAUGAUCUAUCAUAUAAUGGAUAUUUAAAUUUUAGUUAAUAGUCUUUGAUAAGUUUUUAGAAUUUUUCUAUCGACAAUUUGUAACAGUAAGUUUAGAUUUGUUUAUAACUAAAUCAAGAAAACUAGACUGAUAUGUUGACUGAUGUUGAAUUCUUAUAAGCUGGUAAUUAUUCCCCACCCAAUUCCAAACUGGUGAUACAAGUUAAAUGGAAUAAAUUAUCACUAAUAUAUCAAAUUGACUUUGCUAUAGUAUAUAAAGUGGCAAGCUAGCCUUUCAGAAUUCUUAAAGUUCUCACAUAAGUCAGAGUAACAAUACAUUUUUUAGCCAAUACACUAAUAUAUAGUAUCUUAGUAAAUGUUCUAAGGUUUAUAAGGUACUAAUAAAUAGUACCUUGUUCACUCAGAAGAACACCUCAAGUUUAGAAGACUGAAGUUCUGGGGCUGGAGCGAUAGCACAGCGGGUAGGGUAUUUGCCUUGCACGCGGCGUACCCGGGUUCUAUUCCCAGCAUCCCAUAUGGCUCCCCGAGCACUGCCAGGAGUAAUUCCUGAGUGCAGAGCCAGAAGUAACCCCUGUGCAUCGCCGGGUGUGACCAAAAAAAAAAAAAAAAAAAAGAAGACUGAAGUUCUACUGAUGGAGCAUAACUGCCUCAAGUUAUGAAUGGAAGCCACUGUCAGGAAAUAUAGCUUAUACAACCACAUGGGAACUCAAUAGAAUUAUAAAUGAGAAAUUCAGAAAUUAGAAAUCAAGACAUCCCCCAACCCUCAUUAUACUAAUUUAAAAUUUUGAAUAUGUAGAAACAGGGCAAAUGCAAUAUAAUUAGAUUUUCCUAUGUUUUAUAAAUAUGUGCUGUAUAUUUGGAGAAAGGUUAGAAAAGCCUAUCUACUAAAGAAAUCUUCACCUUAUUACUGAUUUGCAAAAUGACUGCCAUUCUAAUAUAUUAUGGAACUUUACUUCCAAAAGUUAUCUUUUUUAUACAUUACUUCUCACCCAGGAAAUCAACAGAGGGUAAGAAUUUGUUCUAGAGUGUGUUUUACUGUAUUCUAUCAAGAAUAUAUGCCAAGACUACUAUAAAACAGAAAUUUUAAUAGACCCUAACAUUGGGCUAAAAAUCCUUCAAUAAAGUAAUAGUUUUAUAGGAGGCUGGAUUGUUUUUACAUUAAAAAAAAACAAAAGUCUCCAGAGUCACUAAUACAAAACACAGUGCUUAUUUUUUAAAUGUCAUUUCCACUUUGCUUGGUGGUGUGCAGUGCCAGAUAUUGAACCCAGGGUCUCACACAUGCAAGGCAGACUGCUCCACUGCCGGGCCACAUCCCCAGCUUCAAAAUUGUGGCUUGCUUUUCUGUUUCACAUAGGCGGGGCCACCACACAGUGUGCCACUGGAUCCUCAGCCUGUUCUGAAUAGAUGGGUGCAGCACUCCCCUGCCAAGGGUUUCCCAAGGAGAUUUCACCUCUUUUCUGGGAAGACCAAGAGUAUAUCAAAAUCACAGAAUAAUAAAUUAUUAGAGUCAGACUGUCUUUAUAGGAAAAGUUUUUAGAUGACAAGUAUCUCUUAGCCAGUUACACCUCACUCUGUCCACAUUCUUUUUCGGAAAGGGGUUGCUGAGGCUACAUCUUGCAGUGCCAGGAUUAUUUCUAGCUCUGUGCUUAUGGGAUCAUAUGUGACACCAGGGACCAAACCAGGCUCAGCUACAUGCCAGGCAAGCUGCUUAACUCCUGUACUGUUUCUCUGCUUUAUGUUCCGGUUUUUACUAAGAGCUGACAAGAACUGUAAAUCUUAUACUCAACCUUACUAAUACCAAUAACCAGCCAGUAGCCUGAAAGGUGCAUUUACUACAGAAUAGACUUAAGAUUCCAAGUUAAAAUUUCAUGAACAUGACACAAUUUAAUGUUUACACUCAGACAACUCUGAAAUGGAAGUGUGUAAAAGGAAAUACAUAUUCUAACUGAAAGAUCACACAAAUAAGCUGGAAAACAAACUUCCACAUUGAGCCAUUUGUUCAGAGUAUUGCUGGAGUAUUUGGAGUAUUUGAGAGUUCUAGCAUUAAAAAUAAGCUAUUGAUAGUAAAAUUCACUAAGAUCUCAUGGAAGAAUAUAGAAUGCUUUCCUUUAUGUUUUUCAUAUUAAACAGAAGACUUACUUUUAUCCUUAAAUAUUUUUAGAUUUUCAGAGAACAUAGUCACGUGUGGGCACCACAACUCGCUGAUCACAGUGUCUGAAUGUGAGCCACACAGCCAGACGGGCGAUUCCCCCCUUAGUACCAGAGCUGAAAAUGUUCAAAUACUACAGCCAGGCUUGUGUGUGACCUUUAACCAUUGAAACAACAACCAAGGGAAGGGGAAAAUCACCUUAAUUUUUUUUAUUAAAAUUAAAAAAUAACCGAGUGGGUAUAAAGACAAUUUCUGAGGGAUGGAGAGAUACUGGAGCAGGUAGGGCAUUUGCCUUACAUUUGGCUGACCUGUGUUCUACCCCCGUAUCUGAGAUGGUCCUCUGAACCCUGCCAGGAGUGAUCUCUGAGUAGAGCCAAGAGUAAGCCCUGAAUAUUACUGGGCAUGACACAAAGUAAAAAAAAAAAAAAAAAAAAAAAAAAGAGUACUUAAUUCAUUUAGCCUUCCUUUUUUUUUUUAAUCCUCACAGCACAUCAUCAUAAAGGGAAAUAUACAUACACACACACACACACACACACAUAUAUAUAUAUAUAUAUUUAUAUAUGCCUCUCGGAGAGCCCAACAAGCUUCUGAGAGUAUCCUAUCACACAGAAGAGUCUGGCAAGCUCCCCGUGGCAUAUUCGAUAUGCCAAAAACAGUAACAAUAACAGGUCUCAUUCCCUGACCCUGAAAGAGCCUCUAGCUGUUGGGAAAGAUGAGUAAGGAGAGGCUGCUAAAAUCUCAGGGCUGGGAUGAAUGGAGACGUUGCUGGUGCCCGCUCGAAUAAAUCGAUGAACAAUGACAGUGAUGACAGUGACAGUCACACCUAUACUGAAAUUAUUAAAGGAAAUUAAAUAUGCAUUUAGUAGUAUCACUGUAAUCCCACUGCUCAUCAAUUUGCUCGAGUGGGCACCAGUAACGUCUCCAUUUGUCCCUGUCGAGUGCUAGUGUAGUAACACUAACAUGUGACAGUAACAAUGACAGUCCUCUUUCCCCUGAUCCUGAAAGAGCCCCCAAUAUGCUAUCGGGCAACACUAGCAUUUAGUAGUAAUUCUAUAAAAAACAGGCUUUCCACUGCUUGCACUGCAUAACAGGAUCACACAGGAUUGAAGCAAGGUAUUUAAUUGCUAUCAGGACAUUCUUUACUUACCAUUAUUUCAUUUAAUGCAAAACAAAUUCUAUUAAUUGUCUUUAUUCCAUAUGGAAAAGUACAGUAGUUGUGCAGAAACAAAACUACAUAACAAAAGAAUAAGACUUUCACAACUGUUAAAACAAUAAACAAUAAAUAAGCCAUAGAAGUUAUAGCAGAACUCAUGAAAAGCUUAUAAAAAUGAUAAAGCUGUACAAAGUAUUCUGUACACAUUCAGGAGCAAAUGUUGAAGAAUGAUACUGGAAAAUUCUUACUCAUACAAAACCAUAAUGAUGCUCACAGGAACUUCAGUACAACUAUUCAUUUUUAAAACAAUCUGUAAAUAUAGAACUUCCUUCUCCCCAAUUGUAGAAAAUAAAUUUCACAUCCCAACAUAUAAAACAAACAUACUCCCAUCUCUCAAACACUUGAACAUCCUCCCAGGACAUACCAUCUCCAUUAUAAAAAUACCUUUAGAUAAACGUUCAUUCCUGUACCUCACCUUUACAAAUGAAUAACACAUCAUCUUGGAUUUAAGUAGCACCCCAAAGGUGUUCAUACUGAGAUAAAGUGCUGUUACUGGUAUACUGUUAUUAACAUGCCAUAAUAUAUAAUUCAGUGCAAUAACCAGCAUGGAUGAAGCUUAUAAAGAACAUGCAAGUACAUGACUUUUUUUAAAAAAAAGAUUACUUGAAAUAGUUAUAUUUACAAGUUUGACUACAACCUAUUUAAUAUGUACAACAUGUGACUAUAAUGUUUGUAUAAUAAAAGUAACAACUGACCACACUUUAAAUAUCCAAAUUAAAUACUGUCCUUAGAGGGCCUUGGAAGAUUUGUUCCAGGAGAGUUAUCAUUAAAAGAAGUUUUAAAACCAGCUGAGAGCCAAUUUACUUGUCACCAAGAACAGGGGCCUGAGCAUUUUAGCCCCAAUCCAAUUUGACCAUCAAUCAUGAUUCCAAAUGGUUUCUGCUACUUCCACACAUUAAGAAUACCACGAAGCAUACAGUUCCAAAUAAGGUAUUAUAAAAAUAUCCUGAAACACAAAGAGCAUUUACUUUUUUCAGGAAACUGCCAGGAAGGGAACAAAAUUUGAUAUUUUUGUAUUUUGCUUUAGAAAACAGAAGGAGAAAAUCAGUUACAUAACAUUUAUA